AUGGAGGAAACAGUGAAAAUAUCUAUUUUGAAUGUAGUUGCUGUCAUUAUAUCUGCAUAUUUUGCUGUGGAUAGUGCGAGAAUUAUUAGCGCAGUUGCUACUUUCGUGAGUUUUUGUGAAGUUUCGAAAGAUUUUAAAAAGUAAAAUUUUCAGCUCAAAACAAUUUUCAAAGAGAAAGAGGAUCCUGCAAUAACUCUAUUGAAAAAUAAAAUUAAGAAUUUGAAAAAAGAAUUAAACGAUAUUUCACCAACCAAUCAGUUUGCCGCGUAUUUCAAAAAAGAUAGAGAAUUAAAUAAAUUGAAUGAUGAGUUGGAGCAAUUGCAAGCUACAAAAAGAACUGAAACAACAAAGAAUCUCAAAAUAGAAGGCGCAACACGUGUAGUCAUUCAACUUGGAGCUCUUGUUCUUCUUCGAUAUGUUUCUGGUAUAACUGUGAGUUUAUAAUAUUUUCAUUUCAUAGAAAAUAAAUUUGUUUAUAAAAACUAUCAAAUUCCAGGCUUUCUGUAUUCCUGACAACAUAUUUUGGCCGUUCAAUUUUCUUAUUCGAUUCCCAGCAAUUUUUGGAAAUGACACAUGUCCUGGUGAAUUCGCAGAAGUUUCUGGUUUUGCUCUAGCAUUCUUAGCAAUUAAUCUCGGUUCAAGAUUUUAUCAUCGGCUUUUCAAAGCUAAACGGGUUUGA